AUGGCCGCUUUAAUUAAGAGUCAGACAAGUUCUAAAGCUAGUAUUGAAAAGUCGUAUGAAAACUUUAAGAAAUCGCCAAAGGAUCGGUUAGCUAAAACGUCUUAUCUUCAGACUAGAUUAGAUAUAUUAGAAGAACAAUGGACAUUAGUCACUGAAACUCAUAGGAAGCUAAGUAUGGAGGGUUCUGAUGCUAUAUUUGAAACAAAGUAUUUUAAGGAAGACAUUUUUAGUAGUAUAGAGGAAAUCUACAUAUUAUAUAAAUCUGAUUUAAAAGAUGCACUAAGUUUGUUAACGCCUGCUGCAAGCUUACCAAAUGAAGCAGCAAAAAAUGAGAGUAAUGUGAACCUACCCAAAAUUUCUAUUCCAAUUUUUUCUGGAAUGUAUAAUGAAUGGCCGACAUUUAGGGAUAUGUAUGUAUCACUUAUUCAUACGAAUGCUUCACUAGACAAUGUUCAAAAUAUGCAUUAUUUAAAGGGGCAUCUAUCGGGUGAAGCGGCGCAGCUUUUGAGACAUGUUCCGAUUACUGCAGCUAGCUACCAAGACUCAUGGCUCCUUUUAAAUAAUAGAUACAACAAUAAGAAAUAUCUUACUAAUGGUUUAUUAAAGCGUUUUAUAAAUCAACCUAACAUUGGAACCGAGAGCUGCAGUGCCAUUAAGGAAAUGUUAGACCUAACCAACGAUACUAUAAAUGGUUUGAAAAAUUUAGGCAUUAACGUCGAUACAUGGGAUGUAAUCAUAAUUUAUAUUAUUAGUACAAAAUUAGACAGCGAGUCGCGUAAGCAAUGGGAGGCGAAAAUAAGUGCUGUGGACGAGUUACCUACUCUUAACCAAAUGCGUGAAUUCUUAGAAUCUAAAUUUCGAUCACUUGAAUUUCUAGACGGUAAACAAAGGCUUAAACCAAAUUUUUCAAAUCAUAAACCAAAGGCAAUGCAUGCAACCGCGACUGUUUCUAAUGUAACACUAGAGAGUUGUAUAUUCUGUAAACAGAAUCAUAGGCUAUCAAACUAUAAAGAAUUUGCUAAGACAAAUUAUGACGCUCGAUUUAAUUUUGUUCAAACUAAUGGUCUCUGUUUUAAUUGUUUAGGUUCAAAACAUUCUUCGAAAGUUUGUCGCUCACAUAAAAAAUGUCACAUUUGUAAACACAAGCAUCACUCAUUACUUCAUCCUAACCCCAAACCAACCUCAGGUCCGUGCAGUUCGGAUUCUCAGAAAUCUUUAUUGGUGUCAGAAGUCAAUGCAAUGGUAUCUAACGUAAAGGCAUCAUUAGAUAGUUCCGAAUCAGCUUCCAAUUUUACAUCACAUUUUUCGAAGGAAACAGCACCUAAUCAGAUUCUGCUAGCAACGGCUCUUGUUGAAUCAAGGGCAAGAAAUGGUUAUACCCACCUGUUCAGAGCUCUCUUAGACCAGGGCUCCCAGGCGUCUUUCGUGACAGAAUCGGCGGUACAAUUGCUUGGUUUAAGGAAGAUACCAAAUAAGAGUAUCAUAUCAGGUCUUGGCGGUGAUAAUACGAGUGUUAUGGCCUCGAAGUACAUCGUUAUGAUGGAUAUUCAAUCACGUCAUGAUCCAAGUUUCCAAGUAAGUGUACGUGCGCAUGUUCUCGGUGCAAUUACGAGUCUCCUUCCGUCAGAGAAGGUAUUAAAUUUUGAUUGGCCAGAAUUAAACAAUAUAACUUUGGCUGAUCCACAGUUUCACAUCCCUAGCAAAAUUGAUAUUUUGCUUGGAGCUGAUAUUUAUGGUGAUUUAAUAAGAGAAGGAUUGAUAAAAGGCCCCAGAGGUAUGCCAACUGCUCAGAACACAGCUUUAGGAUGGAUACUAUCGGGUCCGACCCAUCAAGGUAAGAGCAUUCAAUCUCAAUCAGCACAUUGUCAUCAUAAUCUUAUUGUAAGUUCUCACUUUCACAAUGAUGACAAUGAAUUGCUCAAAAAAUUUUGGGAAAUUGAAAAUUAUUUUUUUGAUACAAAAAUCCUCACUAAAGAAGAACAACUAUGUGAAGAUUUAUAUGAACAGACGACCAGACGAGAUGCAUCCGGUCGGUAUAUUGUUCGCUUGCCGUUUCGUGAGGACGAUCCAAAGUGUAAGUAUGGCAAUUCAAGAGAAAUUGCCAUAAAGAGAUUUCAACUUCUAGAAAAGCGCUUGAAGAAAGAUGCCGAACUCAAGAACAAGUACUCAGAGGUAAUUCAUGAAUACUUGGACCUGGGUCAUAUGGUGCGUAUAUCGGACGAUGACAAAAGGAAACACGUUUCUGUGUAUCUUCCACAUCAUGCCGUUAUACGUGAAGACAAAAGCACAACUAAGGUCAGAGUUGUGUUUGACGCUUUAUGCAAGGGUAACAACGGCAUUUCCCUCAAUGACACUUUGAUGAUUGGUCCUAAGCUUCAACAAGAUUUACGGCACAUUAUACUGAAGUGGCGUAUGCAUCCUAUAUGCUUGAGUGCGGAUAUAGUUAAAAUGUAUCGCCAGAUAAUAGUCGCAGAAGAAGACGUAGACUUUCAGAGGCUUGUGUGGAGAGACAGUCCGGAAUCUGAAAUGGAAGAAUAUCGCUUGGAAAGAGUUACUUUCGGCACAGCAUCGGCGCCAUACCUGGCUGUGAAGACGUUGCAGCGCCUUGCGAUCGAUGAAGGCAGCGCAUAUCCUCUUGUGGCUGAAAAGGUUAAAAAGGAUUAUUAUGUAGAUGAUCUCUUGACAUGA